AUGGCCCGGGACUACGACCACCUCUUCAAGCUCCUCAUCAUCGGCGACAGCGGUGUUGGCAAGAGCAGUUUGCUGCUACGCUUUGCAGACAACACUUUCUCAGGUAAGGCAGCUACAUCACCCACAAUUGGGGUCGACUUCAAAAUCCGGACAGUUGAAAUCAACGGGGAAAAAGUCAAGCUACAGAUCUGGGACACGGCAGGACAGGAGCGCUUCCGGACGAUCACAUCAACGUAUUACCGAGGGACCCAUGGGGUCAUCGUGGUUUACGACGUCACCAGCGCCGAGUCUUUCGUGAAUGUCAAGCGGUGGUUGCAUGAAAUAAACCAGAACUGCGACGAUGUGUGCCGGAUAUUAGUUGGCAAUAAGAACGAUGAUCCCGAACGGAAAGUGGUAGAGACGGAAGACGCCUAUAAAUUUGCUGGCCAGAUGGGCAUCCAGCUGUUUGAGACCAGUGCCAAAGAGAACAUUAAUGUGGAAGAGAUGUUCAACUGCAUCACGGAGUUGGUCCUUCGGGCGAAGAAAGACAACCUCGCCAAGCAGCAACAGCAGCAACAGAACGACGUGGUGAAACUCACAAAGAACAGUAAACGGAAGAAGCGUUGCUGUUAAUGACCUUCCUCCUCCUCCUCCUCCUCCGGGGGCGGCAGAGACUGGGCCUUCGGGCAGCCCCGCCCUCGCAGCCUGGCGCAAGCGGUGCCCCAGGACUCUCCCCCCCUCCUCCUCCUCCCCCUCCCCGCGUGCCGUUAUUUAAAGGAGCUCCCGCCGUCUUCUCGAUCAGGAGGCACCUUAAACCUCAACCGUGCCAAGAACGGGGAUGGGACGGACGAAGGUUACGCCCGGACUCUGCCCAUCCUAAAAGUUUUUUUUCUUCCUGCCUCCACCCCCUCCUCUUGAAGAGCAUCUAGUAGACAAGGAAGACUUGGCCUACAGAGGGGACUUCAACGUUUUGUACAUAAUGUAUAUGGGCUUUGAACCAGCUGCACCCCCCGCUUCGGGCUUCUGCCUUUUCUGACUCCGCCAAUCAUGAAUUGUUCAGAACUCUUCUUUUUUUGUCGUUUGUCUGUUUUUGUUUACUUGCUUUUUUUUCUCUCUCUCUCCCUCUCCAGAAACACAGUCCAAUAACCUUACAAACUCGGGGCUCUUGUUGGCAGACCAUUAUUUUUCAGUCUUCAUGAGCCUUUUAAACGAGGAUGGAUCCUUGGCGAUCCAUCUUUUGAAAUCCCUUUUUUUCCCCCUCCCUAAACUCUGGAAUCAUUGGACAUUCCCCCGGGAGUUGUUUUGCGUUUCUCCGCCCAUCAAUUCCCUCCUUUCCAGAGAAGGAUAACGAUCCCGCUUUCAAACCUCCGUGGCAGAGGGGGGAAAAAAUUAGGAUCAAAACUCACAUUGCCCUUCUGAUAGUAUUCCUGUCUUUAUUCUAAGACUUCAAGAACGAAAAUCACCUUUUUUUUUUUUUAAUAAGUGUCUCGUUUUGUAUCAGGUAUGAAGUGUGAACAGAGAAAUGUGCUUCUGAUGGGAUCAAUUCUUCUUCCUUUUGCCCUCCCCUUAAUUUUUUUUCCCCCCUUCAAAAGCUGGAGAAUUUGGGAACGAAUAGCUGGAUGGUUUUCGUCAGUUCGAACAAAACCUGCGUCUCGAUUCCGAUUCUAGCUGCUGAAGAGCCGAAUAGUUGUUCUGAUUAGGUUAAAACAAGGUAUAUAAUAGGAGCUUCUACCCACCAUAUAAUCACCAGCUUUUAAUUUGAUGCCCGACAGAGCAUAUCAAGAGGGCAAAAAAGCCACCCGGUCCUCAAAUCACUCGGGCGUCUCCCCCGUUAUGGUCCUGACGAUGACCAGGAUCAUGUUCAGUGUCGAUCCUUGGACUUAAAAUAUUUGCCGGAAAGGCUCAGCAAAAACCCGGGUAUUUAUCGUCCGCUGUUCUUUGGACAGGAAGUAGCAACAGCCACCCCGCUGAAAGAAAAAAAAGGAAAAAAAAAAAAGAGACGAGUUUCCCCCUUAGCCGAAGGGAAUCGUCUUCCUCUUCCGCCUGGUUCGCUGUGGACUUUUAAGAUACUUCCGGCCUCCUCGGAGACAGUUCGGGCCCUGAGCAACUCUUGAUUUAGAAGGAACACCAGCAACGACGGAAGCCCGUCAAGAGGAACGAGAAGGGGGUGGGGGGUUUGGACGUCGGCUGGGCAGUGGCGGCUAGAAGCAUCGGGGCAAUUCUCGCCGGCGGGCAUUUUCUCAACAAUGCAGCUGUGUGUAGUGAACAAGCAAGGGCACGGAGGGCUAUUUGCUAAGCCCGGGAACCCCACGUUCUGCCUCGGAAGGGUGGUGGGCUUCCCAAGGCAACGUCCCCUCUGGGCCUGUCCGCCCGGGGGGGGGGGGCUGCUACGUAACCUCCAGAUGUUGUGAGUGCGGUGGACGGUGCACAGGGUUGGGGGAGGGAAGGGGAAGGGGCCGCACCUUAGCAGUGCUAAUGUCGAAAGUGAAAUGUCUUAACUGGUUUGCUUUAGAUGAUUUCUGUAUAUGGGAACUUAUAAUUAACGCUUUUUAAAUAAUUAAGA